ACGCAGUUAUGUCAUCACGUUGGUGGCGGGUUUGUCUAAAAUGGCAACAAGGGAGUAAUAUGUUAUGGUAGGGAAAGUUUUAGUAGUAAUGCAACAUGUACGUUUCGUGAAAGUAGUAUGGGACUGUUAAUUUAUGUUUACUUAUAACAGAUCUAAUCGUGUGGACACGUACAUAAAAGAUAAUUACUAGCAGUGUAUUUGAUGAAACGAGAAUUUGACCAGUGCUGAGAAUUGUAGAGUAGUCUUUCAUGGCUAUGCAGAUGCAAUACGGUGAAAGAAGUGAGAAAGAAGAGGAAGAAAACUUUGGCCCACAACUUAUAAGCAGACUUGAGGCCGAAGCAGCAAAACUGGUCCCAAUGGGUUUCACCACAGCAACAGAAUUUCAUCAAAGGCGGUCAGAGAUCAUUCAAAUAACUACUGGUUCAAAAGAGCUUGAUAAAUUAUUACAAGGUGGAAUUGAAACUGGCUCUAUAACCGAGAUGUUUGGAGAAUUUCGUACUGGAAAAACUCAGUUGUGCCAUACUCUUGCAGUUACCUGUCAGCUCCCAAUUGAUCGAGGUGGAGGAGAAGGAAAAGCUAUGUACAUUGAUACAGAAGGCACUUUCCGUCCAGAACGCCUACUUGCUGUUGCUGAAAGGUAUGGCUUAACAGGUGGUGAUGUUUUAGAUAAUGUGGCUUAUGCGAGAGCAUUUAACACAGACCACCAAACUCAACUUCUGUACCAGGCUUCUGCUAUGAUGGCAGAAUCAAGAUAUGCACUAUUAAUAGUUGACAGCGCUACUGCACUUUACAGGACGGACUACUCAGGAAGAGGAGAGUUGUCAGCCAGACAGAUGCAUUUAGCAAGGUUUCUACGUAUGCUGCUUCGCCUUGCAGAUGAGUUUGGAGUGGCCGUGGUAAUAACUAAUCAAGUGGUUGCACAAGUAGAUGGAGCUGCAAUGUUUGCUGCAGAUCCAAAGAAGCCUAUAGGAGGGAACAUUAUAGCACAUGCUUCAACUACUAGAUUAUAUUUGAGGAAAGGUCGUGGAGAGACACGUAUUUGCAAAAUUUAUGAUUCACCAUGUCUACCUGAAGCUGAAGCAAUGUUUGCCAUUAAUGCAGAUGGAGUUGGAGAUGCUAAAGACUAAUUAAAAAAAAAAAAAGAGCCUAGCAGACUUAAGUAAUCCUGAUGAAAACAGCAAAGAUGCCAGUUAACUGUGGACAUUGUAUGUGAUCCAGCACAGCACUUAAAACUGGAAAAAAACAUCCCUGCCUUAAUGUUUUGUUGUUUGCCAGUGUCAUCUGUUCCUUAAAAGUUACUGGCCAUUUGUAAGGAAUUAAAGAAAACUGCAGUCGUCAGCAUGUUUAUUUUAUACACAGCAAUAUUUUGAGGACAUUUUCAGCAUCUGUAUUCUCAGAUACAGAAGGGCUUUUCUGUAAUUUGGUUGUGUUUGUUUUGUUCAAUGUACAUCUUAAUUUUCAAAAGAUGUAAAAGGUGAACGUAAAGAACUGUUUGUGAGGAAAAUGAACUACCUUUCUUCCAUGAGCAGUUUUCUAGUAUUAUCAGUUUUGUUUUAUAGGCAAUGCUAAAAUUUUGUUAAGAGCGUUCGAGAUAUUUGCUAAAGUUUUAGGAUCCCUAGCACCAUUUCAAUUUGAUAAAUGACCAUCUUUAUUUCAUCACAUGAACCUUUACAACAGGUAUUUGUAAUGGGAUAGAUGUACUUAAAUAAAGUAACUUUUACUUUCUA